UCAUGGUGGGUGGAGUCUCGUCGUCUACCUGGCGGCAUUGCGAUUGGCGUUCGAUGCUUCCUCGAGAGAGGAUUGUGUCCUCGACAACCCUGUGUGGUGGUUGGGACAAAGUUCGAGGAGUCGGUCGGCGGGUUCGGGGCUUGGGCUGUGUAUCCCCAUCGCCGCCACGCAGGAAUCCGGGUCGUCCAGCAAACCGCUCAGAAACAGAACAAUCUCGUACCACCACCACUCGAGGCAGGACUGAACCACGCUCGGGAGUGCAAGUCCGAGCAGCGGGCCCCACCCCCGGAAAAUCGACCCGCCACCGCCGCCUCCCCCCCACGGCUUUAUAGCAGACUUGGAGAAGAACAAAUACACGAAAAGCCCGAUAUUCAUGUUGACCGAGUAAACAACCGAAGCCAGAGCAAUCCCAUUAACCCGCAAAUUCAUGUAGUUGACGAGAAAAUACGUGAUCGGAAGAUGCAGAGAGGAAACGCAGGCGGCAACAAUGGUGUUGGGCUUGUUGAGUCCUUGGGUUCUGAGGAAAGUUCGUAA